AUAUGAUUUUUAUAAAUUGAUUCAACUAGUUUCUCCAAUUUCAGUUAUUAUUGGGAAAUUUAUUUACAUCCAUUCAUAAUGAUUUUCUGGAUACCUGUGACCUUGAUACUAUGGGUUGCUUCAAUUAUCAAAGCACAGUCUGACUUCCUGCCGGUUGUGCUGUGGCAUGGAAUGGGUGAUACAUGCUGCUAUCCUUUCAGCAUGGGCCAUGUCAAAAACCUUAUUCAACAACAACACAAUGGCACCUAUGUUUAUAGCAUCAUGAUAGGUGACAGCAUUAUUUCUGAUGCAGAACAGGCUUUCCUUGGCAAUGCCAAUGAUCAAGUAGCAGAAGUUUGUGAUAAGCUGCAAGCAGACCCAGAGCUUGUUAAUGGAUACCAUGCCAUAGGCUUCUCCCAAGGAGGGCAGUUCCUCCGUGCUGUGGCUCAGCGUUGCCCCAGUCCUCCUAUGGUCAAUUUUACGAUAAACGAGAGUUACAAGCAGAACCUGUUGGCGCUGGAGAACCUGAUUCUGGUGCUGUUCCUGCAGGAUAUAACCGUCAUUCCCCGAGAAAGUUCGUGGUUUGGUUUUUACAAACCUGGUCAGGACAUUGAACUACAAACGCUUCAGGAGUCCGUUCUCUAUACCGAGGAUCGCCUGGGCCUGAAGGCGCUGGAUGAGGCCGGCAAGCUGCACUUCCUAACAUGCGAUGGCGCUCACAUGCAGUUCACGGACGAAUGGUUCAUCGAGACCAUCCUUCCAUUCCUCACUUAGACCAUUCUUCCACUGUAGGAAAAAGUUACAUAAUCUGGUAAAAUGCGCCCAAGGCUAAAUUGAUUUAAACUCGGAAUAGGUAAUGGAUUUCCAAACUGAUUUACUUCAUAAGGAAAACAUUUGCUACGCAUUUCAUGCUUUGUAUUACGGUUUCUGUUAAUGCUUCGAUGAAACGAUGAAAAGAGGUCACGUUUGAAGAACCCCAUUUAUAUACAAUAUUAUUGUGCAAAAUAUUGAAUAGUAAUGAAGCAUUGUUGAAUUGACCAGAAGAUUGUGAGAAUGUGCAGUUUCAGUGACUGUUGAAAUGUAGCUAAACAUUACUAUCUACUAUGGAGCUGAUCACCAAUUGUAAACUAUUUACUAUCGUUUCUGUACCUCAUUGUGGCAGUGGUCAACAUGUUGGGGAUUUUUUAUAUUAUGUAGUGGCUAUGUGUACGAUUUCACGCCAAUUAUAAUUUUAUAAUGAAGCUUUUAAAUUCACUAAAUUUUUUUUUCAUAGAAUUGUGAACUUUCUUGAGCUAUGCACUUAUUGCGCAGUAGUGUUCUGUAGCAGGGCUGUCAAGUGGUCAACUGCUGAGUACCUUGUUGAAAGGCAAUAAUUUGUUGUUCAUUCCUCAUGAGAAGAGACAACUGAGAGUCGGAGACUAAAUAAACAGUCAUAAGUUCUCUUAUUGUAUACAGGGAGGAAUUUGUCGAGAUCACAGGUCAUAGCAAUCAUAAAAGUAGUUGUGGAAAAGUAUUCGUUUAUAUAAAACUAAAUUUUGUUUGUGUAACUUCUAAUUGCAAAUUGAUGAAUAAUUUUCAAAAAGAACUUUUGAUUGCAAUUGCUAAGGAUUCAUGACAACGAACGCAAUGAUGUCAAAUAAUUCCACGUGGAUGCAGAACUAUAUUCCAGUUGGUCCAAAAAUUCUGCAUUAUUUGUCGAAAAUUAUUAGCUAGCGUAACUUCAUGAGAUACAUUCAUUCUACACAUUCAAUAACCAUGCAAUAAUAAUGUAUCAUGUACCAUGUAACCUUUCUCAGUGUUCCUUCUAGUUCUUGACGUCUCGGAGCAUUAAUAAUUAAUUUCCUUCACUCCUGUGCUGUCGCUGUUGUGUUGCAAUGCGAGGCAUUUUAAGCAUCUCAAAUAUUUUUUUUACUUAUGCAGUCUAUGAUUGAUAUUGUAUCUCCAAGUUACUAUUUUAAAUAAUUAGUAUUUAAUUUUACGAUACUUAAAAUGUUGUUCUUGAGACAACUGAGGGUAAAUUUUAUCGUUUAUGUUUAACAAAUGACUAUACGUAUAAUAUAUAAAACUAUAUAAAGUUUCUCUAUUAUUGGAUUCAGUAUUUAAAGCUAUCGCUUGUCCCUCCACGAUUUUUACUUUUUCAAUGGUUAUAUACGAGUAAGUUGU